AUGGAUAGGGACAAGUUUCAAAGAGAAGACCUUUCUGGGGCUAAACAAGAUGAUUUGACACCUCUCCAAGCAGCAGCAUCCAAUGGUCGACUCGACGUUGUACAGGUUCUCAUUGGCCAAGGAGCAGAUAUAAAAAGUGCUAGUAAUGACGGCGUGACACCUCUUCAUGUGGCAUCACUCAAAGGAGCAGAUCUAAAUAGAGUUGGUCGAGGUGGCAGCACACCUCUAGAAGUGGCAUCAUUCAAUGGUCACUUCGAUGUUGUACAGUUUCUCAUUGGCAAAGGAGCAGAUAUAAAUAGGGAAGAUGAGGAAGGAUGGACACCUCUCUGUCUAGCAUCGUUCAAAGGUCACCUCGAUGUUGUAAAGUUUCUCUUUGACCAAGGAGCAGAUCUAAAUAGGGGUAGUAAUGAUGGCAGUACACCUCUAGUAGCAGCAUCAUUCGAUGGUCACCUCGAUGUUGUACAGUUUCUCACUGGCCAAGGAGCAGAUCUAAAAAAGGCGGAUAAAGACGGCAGCACACCUCUCCACGAGGCUUCAUUCAAUGGUCACCUGGAUGUUGUACAGUUUCUCACUGACCAAGGAGCAGAUCUAAAUACGGCGGAUAAUGAUGCCAGGACACCUCUACAUGCGGCAUCAUCCAAUGGUCAUCGCGACGUUGUACAGUUUCUCAUUGGCAAAGGAGCAGAUCUAAAUAGACUUAGUCGAGAUGGCAGUACACCUCUCAAAGUGGCAUCACUCAAUAGUCACCUGGAUGUUGUACAAUUUCUCAUUGGCCAAGGAGCAGAUUUAAAAAGGGCGGAUAAAGAUGGCAGGACACCUCUCUUCGCGGCAUCACUAAAUGGUCACCUUGAUGUUGUAAAGUUUCUUAUUGGCCAAGGAGCAGAUCCAAACAAGGGGAAUAUACAUGGCAGGACCCCUCUCAAUACAGCAUCAUUUGAUGGUCACCUCGAUGUUUUUCUCAUUGGCAAAGGAGCAGAUCUAAAUAGACUUAGUCGAGAUGGCAGCACACCUCUCAAAGUGGCAUCACUCAAUAGUCACCUCGAUGUUGUAAAGUUUCUCAUUGGCCAAGGAGCAGAUUUAAAAAGGGCGGAUAAAGAUGGCAGGACACCUCUCUUCGCGGCAUCACUAAAUGGUCACCUUGGUGUUGUACAGUUUCUAACUGACCAAGGAGCAGAUUUAAAAUGGGAGGAUAAAGAUGGCAGGACACCUCUACAUGCGGCAUCAUCCAAUGGUCAUCGCGACGUUGUACAGUUUCUCAUUGGCAAAGGAGCAGAUCUAAAUAGACUUAGUCGAGAUGGCAGCACACCUCUCUUCGCGGCAUCAUUCAAUGGUCACCUUGAUGUUGUACAGUUUCUCAUUGGCAUAAAAGCAGAUCUAAAUAGGACUGGUAAUGAUGGCAGCACACUUCUAGAAGCAGCAUCACUCAAAGGUCACCUCGAUGUUUUUCUUAUUGGCCAAGGAGCAGUUCUGAAUAAGGUUGGUCGAGAUGGCAGCACACCUCUAGAAGUCGCAUCAAUCAAAGGUCACGUCGAUGUUGUACAGUUUCUCAUUGGCCAAAAAGCAGAUCUAAAUAGGGCUGGUAACGAUGGAAGCACACCUCUAGAAGCGGCAUCACUCAAAGGUCAUCUCGAUGUUGUACAAUUUCUCAUUGGCCAAGGAGCGAAUCUAAAUAGGGCUGGUAUUGGUGGGCGCACACCUCUCCAAGCGGCAUCAUUCAAGGGUCACCUCAAUGUUGUACAAUUUCUUAUUGGCCAAGGAGCAGAUCUAAAUAGGGUUGGUCGAGAUGGUAGCACACCUCUAGAAGUGGCAUCACUCAAAGAUCCAGUCGUUGGUUCAGAAAAGGAAAGCGGGAGUGUCGAAAAACAGGUGGAUAGCGAAGGAAACGUAGAGACCUCAAAAUCCGAACAGCUCAACAUAGACUCUGCAUCUUCUAAACAGUUCGUAGAAGUUUAUGAUUCCAUGGGGGAAUCCAAUCAGCAAUCAGGCUUGAUUCGCAUCGAGAAGUAUGGCAUUGAAGUCCAGUUUCAUCCAAGCGCCGACAGUUUUUCGUUGAUUGCUGCUUCCAAUGGUGACCCUCGAUGUGAUGUUAGAGAGCGAGACCUUGACCUCUAUAUCUCUCACUUCUCUGAAUGGUGGAUUGUUGCCUUCAUCACAAAGGUAUUCGUGGGCAAGCGUGUCAUCUGUACGCCUUUCGUACCCGAACCAAGCCCUAUGGACACUAAGCAUCUGUUGAGGCUCUGCAUUAGAGACAGUAACCAAGGGAAAGCGGAGGUAUGA